CAAAAAAAUGUCCAGGACGUGUUGCCCGGCCUGCCCAACCCUGAUGACUAUUUCCUCCUUCGCUGGCUCCGAGCUCGAAAUUUUGACCUGCAGAAAUCUGAGGACAUGCUCCGGAAGCAUGUGGUAUUCCGGAAGCAAGAGGACCUGGACAACAUCUUGAACUGGAAGCCCCCGGAGGUUCUCCAGUUAUACGACACAGGCGGCUUCAGCGGUUAUGACCGGGAGGGCUGCCCUGUGUGGAUUGACAGCGCUGGCUCCUUGGAUCCCAAAGGCCUGAUUCUUUCCAGUGGCAAAGCAAACAUGAUCAAGAAACGCACCCAGACCUUGAUGAUCCUCCUCCGGGAAUGUGAGCUACAGAGUGAGAGGCUGGGAAAGAAGAUCGAAACUUUCAUUAUAAUAUUUGACCUGGAGAAUCUUAGCCUGAAACACUUUUGGAAGCCAGCUAUAGAAGUCUGCCAGGAGUUUUUCUCCAUACUUGACAACAAUUUUCCCGAGACCGUCAAGAAUCUUAUUGUUGUGAAAGUUCCUAAAUUGUUCCCUAUAGUCUACAACUUGGUCAAGCCCUUCAUUUCAGAGAAAACAAGCAAAAAGUUUGUUAUCAUGGGAGCAAACUGGAAGGAGGAUUUACAGAAGUUUGUAGACCCUGACCAGUUGCCUGCAGAGUAUGGGGGAACCCUAACUGACCCUGAUGGGAACCCCAAAUAUCUGACUAAGAUUCAGUAUGGGGGUGUGGUCCCCAAGAAAUACCACCGGCAGAACCAGAUGAAAAUGCAGUAUGAGCAUACAGUGUCAAUCAAUCAGGGCUCCUCCCAUCAGGUGGAGAUUGAGAUCCUCUUUCCUGGCUGCGUCUUGAGAUGGCAGUUCCUGUUGGAUGGGCCCGACAUUGGCGUUGGGAUUUACCUGAAGACUAAGAUGGGGGAGCGACAGAAAGCAAGGGAGAUGGUCGAGGUGGUGCCCACCCAGAAGUACAGCUCUCCGCUGAUCCCUGAGGACGGGACCCUCACCUGCACUGAACAGGGAGUCUAUGUCCUGAGGUUUGACAAUACCUACAGCUUGAUGCACUCCAAGAAGGUCAGCUACACAGUGGAAGUCUUAUUCCCUGACAAAACCAUUGAAGAGAAAAUUGAGAAAAUGUAGGACAAGUUUGACUUUUGCCAUCGUUAUACCCCUUCCAACCUUGUCUCCAUUACUUGUACUCCAUUACUUCCUUCUCACUGACUCUACUUGGAUCCCUUUUGUUCUCUGGCAGUUUUCUCCACCAAGGAGAUAUGUCAUGGGGUCCACCUUUGACCAAAACACCAUGGGAAGAUUGGGGAAUUGCUAAAGAGCAGCUUGAUGACCAUUUUCUUCUGAUUCACUGUUCACAAUAUGAUUGAAGUGGAAAUGUGUUUAAUAUGAUCCUACAUAUGUAAUCUAUUGCUUGCUGUCUUGGGGAAGAGAGAGAGGAAUGAGGGA